AUGAUCGAAAAGUCGAAUCUCUCGAAAGCUCCAAGUAUUUCAAUCAAGCAACCAUUGAACAGCUCUGCGCACAAAUUAAGGCCCGUCGGUUCAAAAUUCACAGCAUCAACGACGAUUAGUUCCCGAUUGAGAAGGCAAAACCGAAUAAAUCAGAGCUUCAAGAACAGCCGCAAGAUCAAGAGUAAAUUCCACCAAAACGUUUCAUGUAUAAACCAUUACAAUGAUCCAAAAGUCGAAUAUCUCAAAACCUCGACGUAUUUCAAUCAAGCAAGCACAGAACAGCUCGACGAACAAAUCAACGACAACUGUAAGUUGAAGAAAACAAACCUAGCAAUUGAAUUAGCCUCGCCAGCCGCCAGUAAACCUCCCCAGCCAUGGAAAAGCCUCCCUGUCCACCGAAUCAAAACUCCUUUGAAGCUCUUGCAAAAGGUUAGGCAGAUCCACCGGAUUCAAACGCUGGUAAUGGCGGAAGAUGGUUCAUCAGAAAAGAGAGGCAAGGAAUCGAUCGGAAUAUCAAGAUCACCCGAACUCCUUCUCAGCAUGCCACAUGAGAUUCCGAUGGCUGUGUGGGCGGAGUUGAUUUCAGACAAAGCUCACUCGAACUCCUUCUCGGCUGAUGCAUUGUCGUAA